CAGAAUGUAAUCUCAUUUAUGAGAGUGCAAAAAAAAGAGAGAGAGAGAGAGAGAGAGAGAGAGAGAGAGACAUAGGGUCAGGGCUAUAAAUGCCCAUUGCCACCGAAGGCCUGCUGCAGUUGAGAAGUGAAGAGACUCCAAGUUCACAGUUCAAAAAGCUCUGACAUUUGGUCCCACGUUUUUUACUGAAUCGGGUACAGCCCCUGGAACGUGCUGUCGAAAUCCCUGAGGAGACUCGUGAAGCUGGUGGUGGGGAGCCUUUGGUCUCUGUGCUUUGCCACACCACCCCAACAUGUGCACAGGGGGCUGUGCGAAGUGCCUGGGGGGCGCCCUCAUUCCCCUGGCUGUGUUUGGCCUCCUGGCGAAUAUCCUGUUGUUCUUCCCUGGAGGAAAGGUGGUAGAUGACAACAGUCACCUUUCGGACGAGGUCUGGUAUUUCGGAGGAAUACUGGGAAGUGGAGUCUUGAUGAUCUUCCCUGUGUUGGUGUUCUUGGGCUUGAAGAACAAUGACUGCUGUGGAUGCUGCGGCAAUGAGAGCUGUGGGAAGAGAUUUGCGAUGUUCACCUCCAUCUUGUUUGCUGGGGUUGGAUUCUUGGGUGCUGGAUACUCAUUUAUCAUCUCAGCUGUCUCCAUCAACAAGGGUCCUAAGUGCUUCAUGGGAAAUAAUACAUGGGGAUACCCCUUCCACAGCGGCGAUUACCUUAAUGACCAAGCCUUGUGGAACAAGUGCCAAGAGCCCCGUGAUGUGGUCCCCUGGAAUCUGACCCUCUUCUCCAUUCUGCUGGUCGUCGGAGGGAUCCAGAUGGUUCUCUGUGCCAUCCAGGUGGUCAACGGUCUCCUGGGAACCCUCUGUGGAGACUGCCAGUGCUGUGGCUGCUGUGGGGGUGAUGGACCCGUCUAACAGGUUACAAUGAGCCGCUCCAAAGCUACAGCACAGCACGUGGGAAGACAUAUCCCAGACCCAGCCUGGCCCACAUGGGUUGAGAAUUCCUGUCUGUUUCCUCUCUGGCAGAGUUUGGGAGGCACAAGGCAUCCUUAUCUCUCUCCAAACAACUUAGCUCAACUUAGCUAGAAAUUUGGUGGUUUUGUUUUUGUUUUUGUUUUCAAAUUUAAAAGCAAAUAGUUAGGAAACUUUACAAAUUAGCUCCCUUUUAGAUUCCAGAACAAGUUCAAAGCAGAUUUUUCAUGAUUUCCUAUUUUUGAAAAGAAGCUAAAAUAGGUGAAAUCAUUUGUUCUUCCACAUUGCAUCUUUGUAUGUAAAAAUGUUCAUAUUUUAGGAAUAUUUGCAUAACUCAAAAGAAUAAUAUAUUAAAAUGAAAACCAGUUUUUCAGGAGGCAGAGGUAAGGAAUGAUUGCUAUGUCACAUAUAAUUUUUAUGUGAAGCCUGUUUUGGCUAACUUGUCUGGGCUACCUGUAACUAGUUUUAUGAGCCUGUCAUAAUUCGCCAGUGUUCCCACAUGUAUAUUAAAUUAAAUUAAUUAAACUCAGAAUUAAAAUAAUAAA